AUAUUUUCCAAAUUGGAAUUAUUUUAUUAUCUCUACUUAUGAUUUGUGUAAUCGGUUUAAAUACCACUGGAAAUUUUUCAUCAUUAUGGAAAACAGCACUCGAUGGUGGAAGACUCGAUAUUUUGAAUUUUAAUUUAGAUCCCACGCUGCGUGACAGUUUUUGGACAUUUAUGAUUGGUUAUACGUUUCAAUGGAUGAUUUAUGUCAAUAUUUCGCAAUCUGGAGUUCAAAAAUAUCUAGCACUACCAACAUUUCGUCAAUGGAUUUGUGACGAACAAGGGGAGAGGUUACACCAAGACAUCAGAAAGAUGAAAGAAUGCUAUCAAGGCCGCUGGAACCCUUCCAUGAUGGGUGAUUACUGUUAG